AUGAAGGUACCUGUCCCAAAGAUUCUUAGAAUAAUAACAUUAAUUUUCUUUAAAGAACGAAACGUCUAUGAUUUUAUCCGACAGCUGCCACAAGGAAACUAUCAAUUUAUAUUUACAGAAAGUAACCAACUGACCGAUCUAUCUAUCUAUCUAUCUAUCUCAUUUUGUUCAAUUCUUUCUUUUUUUGUAUCUAUCUAUCUAUCUAUCUAUCUAUCUAUCUAUCUAUCUAUCUAUCUAUCUAUCUCAUUUUGUUCAAUUCUUUUUUUUUGUUGUAUCUAUCUAUCUAUCUAUCUAUCUAUCUAUCUAUCUAUCUAUCUAUCUAUCUAUCUAUUCAUCUAUCUGUGUUCAUCUAUCUAUCUGUUCAUUUCACAUCUAUCUUCAGUUCAUUUCAUAUCAUAUCUCUCUAUCUAUUCUAUCUAUAUCUAUCUAUCUAUCUAUCUAUCUAUCUAUCUAUCUAUCUAUCUCAUUUUGUUCAAUUCUUUCUUUUUUUGGAUCUAUCUAUCUAUCUAUCUAUCUAUCUAUCUAUAUCGGCGACUUUAUCUAUGUAUGUAUGUAUGUAUGUAUGUAUGUAUCUAUCUAUCUAUCUUUCUUUAUGUGACCAUGGCUAUCUAUCUAUUUAUCUAUCUCAUUUUGUUCAACUCUUUCUUUUUUUUUCUUUCUAUCUAUCUAGCAUGUAUUCAUUAUCUAUCUAUCUAUCUAUCUAUCUAUCUAUCUAUCUAUUAA